AUGAUGACGGAUUAUUUCGUUGUGCGUCUCGAAACUUCCAGAAGGUAUUCAACUAAAUCAGUUCUUUCUUUUAAUUCUUAUGUUAAGCUUUAUAUCAAAAGAAUUCAUUUUCGUUGAUCAAGACCAAUUUAUAAGCUGUCAGUAAUUUCCUCGUCUCUGCAAAAUAUACAAAUAUAUAACUACGUAAUAAUUGCAUGAUUCUCCCAACACCCUCUCGUGUAUAUAUCAGGCUAUAAAAACCGGAAAAACGUCUUUUGUAGCUCAAAAAGUUGAGCUUUUCAGAAUGACAGAGUUGAAAUAGGGUCUUAGCUUUAUAACCAUAACGUUUUGAACAUUUUUUCCAAAAGCACUCUCGAUAGGCAAAAUACUGUAUCACAAUUUUUUUGGUUCUCCCUAGAUUGCAGACUCAACCUGCAAAUAACGGGAGCAAAGAAUCUUUUGAACUUUACGGAAACAGGACAACAAACAAGGAAUUCAUUAGUUUCAUAUACGGAAUCCUUGAUCAGCUUCUUCCAACCUUGCAAAGAGAUCUUUACGAGGAAGUAGAUAGAGAAAAAUUUGGUUCCGUGGUACCAUUGAGCCCUGAGAAGUCUUCGCGGAUUCCAGGAGCUGUAAAUAUGCACAGGGUGGCACAGAUAUCGGACAAGGACGCCGUUUUCAUCAACAAUCGUUUUAAUCGUUCAGAUCCUAUCAACUUUACAUCAGAUAUAGACAUGGACAUGACUUAUAAUGAUUUGGCCGCCAUAAACAAAAGCAAUGGAAUGGUAACAGAGAGCCACGCCUUCUUGUCUGAGCAACUGAAGUUUGGAGAGCCUAUUCGAACCAAAAGUGGACCAAAUGUUACGAUGCUGAACGUGUCAGUAUCCAGUCACGUGACUCGUAUAGAGACCCAUGCCUCUCACCUGACAGAGGCUGAAGCCGCUUAUAUCAGAAUCCAAUCAUUUGUAAAGCUGGUUCCAUCGGAGUCCAUAAGUUCGAUCACGCCUUCUAAUUCGAGUCUCGAGUCAUCCACCAAUUCACCUUACACCCAGAUCAUUUCCACACCCACCUCAAGUCCGAAGAACAAAAGCCUUAUUAGACAAAAGAGGAGUUUAUCAGAGAAAUACGAGAAGGGAAUCCACCUGUUCCAGAAGGAGGUUAUCGGAAUUGACAUAUCGGGUGAGGCCAAAGUUUGGGCAGAAGCCAACCUUAACCAGGGUAUCACCGUUGGAGCGGGGAUCAUCGUAAAAUUUGGAGGUGUGGCUGUGGAAGUGUUUAAGCGCACAUAUGAAUGGAGAGACGAAACUAGAGCAGGAGACCCACUAACGUUCUCACGACCUUUUUCAAUUGUAAGUAUACCAGUACUUUAUUUUAAUACAGACAGGGUUAUCUGUGGAAUCUUUUGCACAAGAGCAGCUACUCCCACAAUACUCAUCUCUACCCAGGAGUAUAAAUGGGUACAGGUUCAUUUCGGAAAGUUAAACCGACAAACUGCUGGGGUAUAACUACAUCUUUUCGUGUCUACAGGGGUGGAUCUAGAAAAUUUAGAAAUGACAAAAGUAACUGAAAAAGUUGGUGCGAUUUCAAAUCACUUGAAAACAAAACGUCCACUUAAACAAGAUUCUAUAAAAAAGUGGAGAAAGGGGGCGCAGCCUCAGUCUGCUAGAUCCGCACAUGGUUAAAAGAACCAAGUUAAGCCCCACUGGCAUUAAUUAUAUUUCCAAGGCCUGUAUGGGGAUACAAAGCUGUUUCAUAUCUAUCACAUGAUUUUUUUUAAUCUUUUCAUCAUUAUUCAUCAUAUAACUGACGACUACAUUUAGUUCGAUAGAAACGUCACCUUUAUAUAACGUUUGUUGAAGUAAACAAGGAACCUGCCUUUUGCCUGUGCACAAAAAGGCAAACAAACAACCUUUCGACGCCGGUUUUAAGUUCUUUAGGGAAGGAUAAAUGUGACAAUGUUCGUUUUUGUUUGAUUUUAAGACCAGGGAAACUAUUGUAUACGGCGUAACACUUGGUGUGGAAUUCGGCCUGACGCUUGAAGCUUCGUUAGACUUUACCUUUUCUAAGAGUGGCUCAAUACUCAUUUUUAAGGUAUGUGAAAUGGUAAAUUGAAAGUGUAAUUGAAUACCUGAGUACCUGCUAAUAGCCGAAGCUAAUUGAAUGAACUUGACUUGAUGACUUGAUGACUGACCCAACCCUUCCCUAAGACCAGUCGUUUCUGAGAGAAUCUCGCAAGAAUAGAUGCAACUUUCCGUCUGCGCCUUCGUUGCGUGUCCCUGUGACCAGCUCCAGUAUCUUUCGUGCUUCUAACUAGCCUGUGCCAGGCUCUGGGUCAGUGCAGACAAGCAAAAAAAGCGAGCGAGUAGCGAAAAAAGUGAGCGAAAAACGGAAUGAAGAGUUAUAUGGGACAGCUGCGAAAAAUCUUUCACCCACCACUACCCAUUUUCAGAAAAACCGUUUCGAACCAUUUCUUGUGUCAGAAUGUCAAGUAUGUAUUUAAACGAGAAGUCAGGAGGGAGUGUAAGAAUUUGAGAUACUGGGAAUACGAGACUCACGCUUCCAGCUUGUAAAUAUAGAUUGCUUUCUUCAAGGUCUUAAUAUUAUCAAUGAGUGAAAUUGGACCUAAACUUCCCUCAAGUUCUGUGACUUUUGCAUACCUUACAACUGACUCAUUGUAGUACCAUCAGUACGUGACCUUGGUUUGUAGUAAUGAAAUGCUUUUCUCUUAGAUGAAGUCUGUUGGGGAGGUUAAGGCUGCCAUCACUGGAUUUGCUGGUGUCGGGCCUGUUUAUGCGGGAGCGAGAGGAUCGGGAACCAUCCUCAAACUCACUUUACCAGUUACACUAACAGCUGCAGAAGGAGUUCUAAGGGACGCGUCGGCCAGUCAUUCACUGGAUGGAGUGUGCAUCCAAUUUUGUCCUCAUCUCACUGCUUUAAAGUUAAGUGCUAAGUCUAUUUAUGGUGAAUUUACGUGCCGAUGGCCAAUUUGGUAUUAUGGGUGCUCUUGGUCAGGCUGGAGGGAUUACAAAACGUUUUUUGAGUCUGAUGGUUUCGAAAAAGGAUUAGGCCUAUACUUGAAGUGCUUUCCCUAG